AUGUCUGACGCUCCUUGGUCUCGUCUCAUCCGUUUCGUCGACGACAACGGCAACGAGACCUUUGGUGAGCCCCAAGUCACCGACGAAAAAGACUUUGCCGCCCGCGCCGCCUCCAAUGACCUCUGGGCGGUAGAGUACAAGGGCACAAGUCCGGUGAGCAGCCUCACGAGGGGCGAAAAGGUGCACGUUAAGGAGGUCCGCGACAUUCUGCGCCCCUCAGACGUGCCCAUCAUUCGCUGCAUCGGCCUCAACUACAUCAAGCACAUCAAAGAGGGCGGCCGCACACCACCCCCCUUUCCCUCUCUCUUCAUCAAGCCCGCAACGUGCGUGGCGGGGCACAACGAGGACGUGCCUAUUCCCAAGGUCGCUCAAGAUGGCACCGUCGACUACGAGGGCGAGCUAGUCUUCGUCAUCGGCAAGUCAGGCAAGAACAUCGCCAAGAAGGACGCCCUCUCACAUAUCGCUGGCUACCUUGCCUGCAACGACGUGUCAGCGCGCGCCUGGCAGCGCGACCCCAAAAAGGCCGGCGGCGUCCCGCAGUGGUGCUUCAGCAAGGGCUUUGACAAAUUUGCGCCGCUGAGCCCCAUGCUCGUGUCUCCAUCCGUCGUCGGCGACGCCUCGUCUCUGCGCUUGCGCACGCUUGUCAACGGCGAGGAGCGCCAGAACGAGGGCACCGACGACCUGCUGUUCGGCGUCGAGGCCAUUGUCGAGUUCCUCAGCCAGGGCACGACGCUCGAGGCCGGCACCGUCGUGCUGACGGGCACGCCGUCGGGCGUGGCCAUGGGCAUGAAGGAGCCCAGGUACCUGAAUGACGGCGAUGUCGUCGAGGUGACCAUUAGCGGCCUCGGCAGCGUCAGGAAUAAGAUGGUCUUUGAGUAA